AUGCUACCUAUUAUUUGGUUCAGUGCUGCGUUCUGUUAUUAUGGUGUUGUCCUACUGAGUGCGGAAAUAUUUCGUUUCAGGCAUUCAUGUUUUGGAGAUUAUAUUCGCACUCCAGAUUACCAUGGUAACUGGAGCCACGGUGAUGUUCCACCCCUUUUAGAAGCUCCACCUCAACUAGACAACUCUUGUUGUAGGGAGCUAUCGCAUGAUGAUUAUAUAGCUAUGCUAGUUUCCUCCAUUGGAGAGUUUGUGAGCAUACCACUAAUGAUUCUCAUGGUAGAUUUUGUGGGAAGAAAAAUUACCAUGGCUACUUGGAACGGACUUAUUGCUGUUCUGUUUAUGCUACUUUAUAUAUGCAUGCCUAAGUUAGCUAUGACAGCUUUGUUAUUUGUAUUGCGCGCACUUACUGCCGGUUUAUUCAGUCUUUCAUACGUUUACACUACUGAGGUUUAUCCAACAACUGUUCGAGCAGUGGCUGUUGGUACCUUUAGUUCAAUUGCCAGGCUAGGUGCCAUGAUCACACCUUAUGUAGCUCAGGUAAUGAUGCCGGAAGUGUCACAGAUUGGAGCUUUAUCUUUAUAUGCUUGUAUAACCAUGUUAGUCUCACUCAUAUCAAUUUUCUUACCAAUAGAAACAAAAGGGCGUGAGCUACCGAGUUCUUCUGUCGCAGUUCCUUCGGAGGAAAUCCCGUCUCUCCAAACAUCUAAAUAA